AUGUCUGAACGUCCAAAUAUCUCCGCCGACCUCAUUUGGGAAGUCGUCCGAAAUAACAAUGCGUACCUCGUCAAGAGCAAGCAACAUGGCGGCUUCCAAUUCUCCCGAGAUCCCUUCAACCUGACCAACAAGCACUCGAGAAAACAUGCCGGCUUCGUCAACGACAAAGCAGUCUCAAUCCAGCCCGGCGAGAACGGAGGAGUCACGUUGAAAACGAAGAAGCCGGGCAAGACCCACCAGCCUGCUUCGCACCACAACACUCAUACCUAUAGCAAGGCCACGUCGAACCGGAAGGUCUACAAGAACGUGGCGGAUGCGGUUGGCAAGAACUCAUAUCGUGGUGACUUGAACAGUUACGCCGUGGCCCGAGCCAGUGCCAUCAGGGACUCUCAACGCGUGAAGAAGGACACUCCAGAGAAGAAGCCUCGCGGACUGAAGGGCAGGAAGGCGGCUGCAUAG